UAUUUGCCUACGAGACAGAGUCGAAGACAGGUUCAAACUAAAGUCACAACUGGGGGAUUGUCUUUGAGCAUCAAGUUCUGCAUCAUACUGUGGCUUGUGCUGAAAUUAGGGACUAGAUGUCUUCGCCGUGCCUUAGCAGCAUCCUGACUCACGCCAAUCUCACCAUGUAUCCGACCGGCCUGCCGGAUGUCCUGUGUCAGCAGCCUGGCAGGCUGCAUGGCAUCAGCGCCCAGGAGAACAGGACCUCAGCAUUCAGCUACAACAGAACUGCUCAAUGGUACAGGCAGAUAAGUCCUCACUGCUGGACAGCAGAACAUGUUCUGGAGUGGCUCAGUGACCAUGUGGAGAGCACGAAGUUUGAUGCGAGCACCCUGAGUCUGGCUUACUGUGCCAUGGACGGCCCCACCCUCUGCCACAAGAACCAGGAAGAGAUGAUUGGGAUCUUUGGCCCACAGCUUGGCCCACACCUCCACCAGAGCUUACAGGAGCACAAGACCAAACAUGAGCUGCAGAGCCUGUCAGCUCCAGAACUGAGUGAGACCUGUCAGCUCCUGGACAACUUCUUGGACACCCUGAACAACCAGAAGUUUCCUUACCUCAGCACUGUCACUUUUGGCCAAGAUGAGGCUGUCAGCAAGACAGACUUUGAAUACCAGGAUGAUUAUGAGCCAGCUGAUUUCACCAUGGAACACAUGACACCUUUCGAUGACACUGAGUACCUGUCUGAUUUUCAGUCCGACAGUGAAUGCAGCUCCUCUGCCAACAGUGGGACGUUCAGCUUUAUGAGCUCACCGGAGUCUGGCAGCAGUAAAUCAGACCCAGAGUUUUCAUACCCUGAAAUAUCAAAGGUUCACAUCAAAACAGAAGAAGAAGAGUGUUGUGUGAAGCGACCCCGAGGGCGGCCUCCUAAAAUCAGCCGGGAACAUGGCAGCAGCUUGUAUGAUAAUCCAAAGAAAAGCAAACACGCACCUCGCGGCACUCAUCUGUGGGAGUUCAUCCGGGACAUUCUCGUCCAUCCAGAAAAGAACCAGGGCUUGAUGAAGUGGGAAGACCGGAGAGAGGGCGUGUUCAAGUUUCUCAAGUCUGAGGUCGUGGCUCAGAUGUGGGGCCAGAAGAAGAAGAACAGCAGCAUGACCUAUGAGAAGCUCAGCCGUGCCAUGAGGUAUUACUACAAGAGGGAGAUUCUGGAGCGGGUCGAUGGUAGAAGACUUGUGUACAAAUUUGGAAAGAACUCCAGCGGUUGGAAGGUUGAGGAGAUUGGUGUGGGCAUGUGAGAUGUCGGUCU